AUCUCUCCACUUUGGUAUCCUUGAGUUGUUUGGACUACAAAAUUCUCACCGAGUAAUAAACAAGGCGGAUUCGCAAAUCCACCAUGAUUUUUUACUCGGAUUUCCGUCUGGCAACACCCAUUACCUUGUUUUGGCUCGUUCAAUAUUGAACUCUCAUCUUAUGUCAGUUGACCUUAUCAGCUGACUGCAGGGGGAGGGCUGCCGCCCUCAGUUUAUCUACUGGGCUGCACACGCAAGUUAGGUCAAAAGCGAACAGUGAUGUCCGAAGAACGGGCUCCCCUUUGUGCCAGCCGCUUUUUCCUCUGUGGCCAUGCCACCAUAGGGAAUUCUCUGUUAUCACCAUAGUAAGCCCUCCUUUUGUUGUCGUCACCUCUCGUGUCGCCGCGGUAAUAUCCUUUCUUGUCGUCUCUGAGGUAACGUUCCUCCCGUCGUCGCCCUGCUAAGGCCCCCUUUGCUGCUCUGCGUUGGAAUCCUGCCUGAUUUGUUUGUCUUCAACGUCACCAUGGACUACAUUCCCUGGAGGUUUGCGCCCAAGCCUCCGUCCCCCCCGCUGCGUCCGAGCAGGGGUGAAGACGAGUUCUUGGCACCCAAGGGGCCGGCUCAGGUCAAUAUGUCACCGGACGAGGGCAGUCCUGACAGCAGCUCAGGAUCCCGCUGUGGGUUUUACUCCAUUGUGGAAGACCCGACGAGUCCGGAAGCAGAGCUGAAUGAGGUGUGGAUGCUUUCGCCUGAGCGGCAGGUUCAUCUCACGACGUUGAAGGAAGGCAAGGCCUUUAAAGUGCAGACUUACACCGGCAGCAACAAAACAGAGAGUCUGUUUCCAGACUCGGAGGAGUCACCGUACCGAAUCCAGCCAGACAACCGCUGUCAAGUGUUUGGCGAAGAAGAAGAGAGACAACUGAGGAAGGAAAUUAUCCAAAAGCAGGCCCCAAAGAAGAAUCCAACUUUCAAGCUCAGUGAGCAGCUGAGUGUGCUCAACGAGCGGGAUUGGAGUCUAUCAACAAAUAUGCAGGCAAAAGGUUUGACUUUGAGCCACAGCCCUGUAAGAUUAGAAGCCCCUCGCUCCGCAAUAAUCGACAGGGCGCAGAUCGACUUCAGUGCCGCUCGGCACCAGUUCCUCAAGCUGGAGCAGGGCGAACGCACCGUCCUUAGCCACUCCCAGUCUGGCAAAACUCAAACCUCAACUGGGAAUGAGCAGAGGUCAGGUCCUAGUGGCACAGUGGACGACCUGAAUUUUUGGGCUGUUGAGGACGUGCGGGCAGAGGGAUGCCGUGGCUUCGUCAGCGGUAAAGACGUGUUUGAUGACAGCAUUCCUCCGCAAGCAGUGAGGAAAGGCAAGUCUGAUGUUGACGACGAGACCCCGAUUGAGAAGGAGAUCCGCUCGGUUCGAGAACGUGAGGAAAACCUCCAGCGCUCAAGAGGCCUGAAGCACCAUGAAGGUCUCUCACACAUGGUGGGGAUUCAAAGCAAGCGUGCUCAGUCACAACCAAUUCCUAACAACCAGUUGCACUUUUUUAUUGAGCAGGGAAACCAUGAGGGGGAAGUAAAUCGGCAGGCUCCAGAACCACCGAGAGCGCUUUUACACCCAAAGGAACAGUUCCAGGAGGACCGGCAGGACCAGGAGGUCAUUUUGUUUCCUUGCUGUCCUCAUAGACACGCCAAAGAAACCUCCUCCUCCUCCCAUGUCGGCUCGUGGACCAGAACUCUUUCUUGGCGGGAGUCUACCGACCUGAAGACUAGGAAAAACAGUGUUCCAAAUUUCAUUGAGAAGGAGAUAGAAGAGGCUCUACGACGAGAGCGGGAGCUUCAGCAGUCCAGACAGUCGAGAGAGUCCUUGGAGUCCAGGGAUUCUAUACUGUCCAGAGGAUGCAGAGAGCCCAGAAGGGAGUUCAGGGAGUCCAACCUUCACUUUGCAGUUCCUUUGUUGGCGCAGGCAUCAAAGAUGACCGCCAAGCAGCUUUUACCCACAGAAAACUCAGCUUCACCCCUGCCAAAAGGCCCGAUGGGGGCACUGCUGAGGGACUUUGAGGAGCGACGGGAGAGACUUAGGAUCGACGACGGAUCCUACGCUGGAAUCGAGCCCAUCGAUGACAUCAACAACCAGGUGGUGGAAUCAACUCGAGUCAUUCGACACAAAAGCCAACGGGCUUUGCGCUGGGAAGCGGGGCUCUUUGCCAACUAGCGGAAGCACAUUCAGAACCCCUCAGCGGGGGCCCCCGGAUCCAGAUCUAGCCGUGCGUCGCUCUCAAAUGUGGCCUCAUCAAGUUUGUAAGGUGCGGAGGAAGGCAUGGCCAUGAUAAUGAUAAUGAAGACGACGAGGAUGCUGAUCCAUUCGUUAGAUUCCAAAGAGCACAUAUACUGUUUCCAUGGCAGCGUGCUGAAGGUUGCAUGUGCAUGCGCUCCCGGAUUUGUGCACACGCGUGUAUGCGUUUCAUCUCCACCAAGACCGUUUCCAUGGAUACAGCAUGGCAAGUCUCAAGGUCCAGGAUGCUAGGCAGCGCCCCUGCAGUGCUUUUGGACUUGAACGUUGAAUUGCUUUCCCGGUAUAAAAGCAGUCUAUUUGACCGCUUAUAUGGUGCCUAGACGUCUAGACUAAAGCCUAGCUAAAACAUGCCUACCAGUGAAAGUUUCAUAUAGAC